AAAACGUGUAACGCAGCACCUAUCCGAAUGGCGCAAGAAUGUCCUUGACGGAAACGAAAGACAAACAAUCGUCCUCGAAACCUUUUCGUGCUGCUGGACAUUAUGGAAGCACCGUCAGCCUGAAGAGUCUGGUGACAGAGAGUUCCGGAAACGGCGGUACGAGUGUAAAAUGUCUGGAUUGCAAUGGUGGUAGCUUGAUAAAUCUGCACGAGCAGUCGGAAGUUUCGCAGAUUAGGCACAGAAGUCCGAGCUUGCCACCGAUUUAUAACAAGGAUCAACAACAAUAUCAUUGUCAGGGCCAACAACGAGACUUCGCUACAGAAGGCUUACACUACCAUUCCGAGAAACGUCGACUUUACGAUCGUUACGAGAAUUCGAAAAACAAUCAUUACGGCUCGCAAGGUGAAGAACGCGAAGGGGAAACUUCCGGUUACGCCAGCGACUCUGUAGACGUACCUGUAUCAGCGAAAGGAACGCUGUUGCCCAGUUGCAAGCCACUAGGAGCGGACAUGGCCGAAAAGACGUGGCAGAAUCCUUAUCACACAACACCUGAAAGUUCAUUACCACCAUCGAGGAGAUUAUCUGAUGGUAGAAUAGGCGAACUUAACAGGCCAAGAUGGGGCAGUGUCUGGGGUCAGGAGACUACACGAGGAGAUCCACCACCACCGUCUUGGUUGUCAAGAUUGGGACAUUCGAGCCAAGUUCUGGUUAUUAAUCACGAGAGCGCGAGUAGUUCAGACAGCUCAACGGUAGGCUCGAUCGGAUCCGAUAACAAGACUUAUCUUCGUGGUCAAAAUAUUCCUGUCGAUGCACAAAUUCUUCAAGAACGAGAAGUAAGAAGACAAAAAGCUCUAGAACUUCAGAGCGCGAUUAAAAAACAACUUGAAGAAAAGGAUCGACAAAGGAAGGAAGAGAAGGAGCGACGUCUGAGGGAGGAACGAUUAGAGGAAGAACGAAUCAAACGAGAAAGGGAAAAAGAGAAGGAAAGAUUUGAGGAAGAACAAAGAAAAUUAAAAGACCGAGAAGCGGCUAAAUUAAGACAAGCUGAGGCGAUGCGUGAAGUGUUAGAAGCAGCAGAGCGUUUGGCAAAGGAGCAAAAGAAAUUUCGGCGGAAGUGCGAAAAAAGUAGCGAAGAGAAGCCCAUUGCAUCUCUUAAAAACUGUGAAUCCAAUACUUCGAAUGAAAACCAGGUCGGUCAAAAUUGCGCGAGUGCAGGAAGUCAACAGAAUCUAUCUUUUAAUAAUGACGAUGUCGAAAACAAAACUGUCGAGAAAGAAACAUCAAAUACAGGGGAAUAUAAUAAUGUUGAUAACGAUAGUAACAAAACACACAAUGACAAUAGCGAUGACAAUAAUACGAUGAACGAAUCAGAACAAAAUAUGGAUGACAUAAAACCAGUCCAAGUUCCUGUUAGCAAAGAUGUAGCCAUUGUGCUAAGUGGUCGACUCGAAGAUUCGGAACUACUCAGCAAGGCAAAUCUACAAUUGGUCAACUUGGUGUUGACUCCAACACCAAGAAGAUUAGAAAAUAAUUCGAACAGUAAUUUAUCUGUAGGCUUGAAUACCUUCAUACAGAAUGUAGGCAGUUCGAACUUUACCCCAAAUUCCUCCAGAAUAUCAUCAAUGAUCGUAGAGAAUAGAUUACUCACGCCAAGCAAGUACAGAGCUAUAAAUGGCCGAGAUUUCGGUACGCAAACAGAUAUAGAAAACAAUGUUCAGGAUUUUCCGGAAAAAGUGCAGGACUUGACCACUAAGGAUACUUCUAUGAAGGACCGCAAGGAUGCAACAAAUGCUAUUAAAAGGGACAUUGAAAAGUCUGCUAACGUUGGAUCGGCGGAAGACAUUAUCGUAAAAACUUUUCCUCGGUCGAAACCUCAACCUAGAAGAGCUAUCGAAUCUAGACCACAGUGGAAUGCUAAUAGACCAGGAACUCGAUAUCGCACACAAAGCGAAAAAGAUCCUCAUUAUCAACGACGAUUGCGAUUGAGGAGACGUCAAGUUGAAUCCAGCGAUGAACGUUCUAGAUCACCCUCUCCUGACAGAAGAAAGUUUAUGAAUAUUAAAUCGAAAAUUCGAACAUUAAAUAGAUCAAAAUUAAAAGUUGACAAUUAUGACGCAGAUCUUUCGAUGGAUAGUUUAAACUCUAUCAUACCAUUGAGAACUGACAAGAAUGGGAGAAUUUCUAUCGAAGAGAAUAGAUGCGAGCAAAGUGAUAAAGCUCGAUUGAACAAUGUUCAUAUUAAUAAUACUGAUAAUAAAGGAUCACGAAAUGACAAUUCUAAUAUUUGGUGCGGACAAGAAAUUCUAUCUAAAUUAUCUACCUUGAAAAACGGUCUUUUAAUGAAACAGAUCGAAUGGGAUUCCGAGAGAUGCCUAAUCUCUCCCGUUGCAUCAGAGAUCUUUUAACAAAAACCAAACAAUCGCGUUUUUGUUCACAUUU